UUUGGAGAAAGUUAACAGAAAAAGCCAGAGGUGUGGCAGAAAAAAUAAGAAGAAAGCAUCCCCACAAAAAACUUAAAGAUGGCGCUGGGAGAAAAAGUUAUAAAGCGGGAAAAAAUGUCUAACAAAGAACAAAAGCUGGCCUUGGAGGACGAGCACAGCUGGGGGGUUGGGAAAGAUAAGAAAUGUAUGGAGGAAAGCAGGGGAUGGGUACAGAAUGAUUGGAAUGUGAAGGCGGUGGAAAGGUGGGGGGACAAGGGGCAAGACAGAGCCUGGAGUAAGGGGCGGAGUGAAAGGCGGGAUGAAAGGCAGAGUAGAGGGUGGAACGAAAGGCGUGGAGAACCAAGAGGGAAGGAACAGCCCGCCCACAGGGGUGGCAGGCAGGGCCGGAGCCCAAGAAAAAGGCACGGAAAACAGGAAGUGGCCAGCCAGUCGAAGUCGGACUCUGACCGAGACACGAGCGACAAAUGGUUGGAGCCCGAGUCCUCAGAAGAAGAAACAUUGUAGUUUUUAGAGUUUUUUCUCAGAUUUAAAACUAGCCCGGUGCGGACGGGUUUAACAAAACACACACACGGUAGCACGCAGCAGCCAGAAGCGCUGUAGCCAUGACAACCACCGGUGAAACAAGUAACAGCAACUUCGACAAAACCGCGGAAAGCAAAACAACAAAACAAAAGAAAAACAACAAAAAGCUGAACAUUUCGGAGAGGGAUAAAAAAGAGAGUUUUAAUUGGACAAUUUAAAAAUUAGAAGCUUUGUAAAUUGUAUUUUUUAUAAAUCAGCAAAUUGUUGUAAUCAAGAUUGAGAUUUAAAAAUAACUUUCUAUUGAAUGAG